AUGACUACUUACUACCAACCUUCUUCAAACUUCUGCAUCAACAGCGAGGACGGGGAAUCCAUCACAUACGAGGAAAGAUUCCUAGUUGAUCCAUCUGAAUCAUCUGAUCAUUCAUCAUCAAGCUUCGAUUCAUCUACCACAAAAUCACCAAUUGCUUCACCCAUCAAUUUCAACGUUCCGAGAACUAGAGCGACCUCUGAUGCUCUAGAGAAGAUCAUGGCCCGUCAGACCCAACAGCUCUCGGCCGUAUGUGAAGAGUGGCGUUUGAAAUUCUCAUCAAGCCCGUUGAUCCCUAUGGCACCAAAACCCCGGACUAGAGCUACAUCCGAUGCUCUUGAACGGCUCUUGGCGCGCCAAUCUCUUCAAAUGGCCGCAUUAGGAGAAAGCUGGCGAGCAAAAUUUUCUUCAAGCCCAUCGAAGUCGUCAGAAGACAGAUUUGUAGAUGUAUCUGAAGAUGGCGAUGAUGAAAGGGAUCAUGAAUCGGAAAUGAGGGUUUCUGAAUGGUUGGAUCAUCUUCCAGAUUCGUUUGAUGAGAUGUGGUUAGCCGAAGAGGGAUCUGAAGAGAUGUCUGAAGAUGAAGAUGGUUUUGAAGAUGGAUAUCUGGAAACUUAUCACGAGUUAGAGAUGAGGGUUUUCAAGUGGUUAGAAAAUUUUCCAGAUUCUUUUGAUGAGAUGUCCGAAGUGAUUUAG